CCUCGGUUUCAUUUGAUAGAGCUAGAGCCAUGAGCAGAAUCGAACUUUCCUCCUCUAUCCCCUCUUCUUCUUCUUCAACGGGUAGCGUUCCAGCACGCGACUGGGGGAGUCUCCCCAAAGAUGUACUUCCCUUGAUCUCUAAAAAAUUGUAUUCAGUGCACUAUACCCGUCAGGUUCGCGCCGUCUGUCACCAUUUUAAAUUCUCAAUUCCGAAUCCUCCAAGACCCCCAAACCCACGAUUGGAUCUUCCAUAUCCCUUUCCUGUUGAAUAUCCAUCAACAAGUUUCCCUGAUGAGUUCUAUGUACUCGUCGAGUCCAAAAUUUAUGCCAUUGAGCCUCACAAUGCUGACGAAACCACUCGGACCUGGAUGGUUAAAGUUCAAGAGUCCCAUACUGACAGAGUCCAAGUGGAGCACCCGCUCUCUAGGUUUCUUCCUCCACCGUUCGCCGACAACUUACCCAACGCUCUGAAUUUGCUUGAUCUUCGAGUAGUGGAAGUUGAUAAAAAGUACAGACUCCAGCACUUUUCUGGAAUUGAAGGUAAAAUCCUUCCUGUUAGCAAUACGGAACCUAUAUCUUUUAAGAAGGUGGCUGUGACUACUUGUUAUAGCCAGGAUGAUGAUAAAUUCACCAUUCUGGCGCUGUUUAAUUAUAAACUUGCUCUUUGGAGAAACGUUGACAAGGACUGGAUUAUUAUCGAAAGGGAUCCUGAUAAGUUUGAACGUCAUGAUGUGUUUGUGGAUAUUCUUUACCACAAUCAAACUUUCUAUGCUUUGACCAUGUCGGGCAUCGUCACAAGAAUAGAUGCAGAGACGUUGACCUUCUAUAAAAUUACUCAGCCAGCCCAAUUUGGUAAUAAAGGGAUUUUACACUUGGUCGGAUCGCUGAAUGACUUGCUUUUAGUUGUGAAAUACCAAAGCUGGUUCGAGCUUGGUACUUAUGACGGGUUGUCUUUCAAGGUUUACAGGCUGGAUAUGAGAAGGCUAAGUUGGAUUCGAAUGGAGAGUGGUUUGGAAGAUCGAAUCCUGUUUCUGGGUGAUGAUUGUUCCUACUCUGUUUCUGCCAAGGAGUUCCAUGGUUGUCGAGGGAAUUGUAUUUAUUUCCAUCAUUUUAAAUGCUCAAGCUUUGUUAUUACUAAAAAUGUUCAACCCAGCAAGAAAAUUAGCGUUUAUGACUUGACUGAAGGUGCUGUUGUUGAAGGAUUUCCGGAGAUCUUUUCUCCUCCUCCAUGGUUGGAGCACCAUUCUAUGUCAGUUCCUCGUGACCAAAUCGGAUGAUCAAAACAGAAUCUAUAGCUGCUUCAGGGCAAUUCGCAGGCGGGUCAAGUCUCCAACAUCGUAAAGUUUGUAGUUUAUAGUUCUAACUACUCUAAGUUGCUGCAGAAGCCUUGUUCUUAGUAUUUGUGUAUAUGUACCAGUUUAAGUGUGUCAUAGGAGUAUUAUGAGUAGUGUUUCAACUAUAGAUGGUUGAGGUGUUGGUUUAAACUAUUAAGCGUGUACUGAAUAUGGAUGAUUGAGAAGUUUUG